AUGGAUUAUUUUUCUAUUGAUUUCAAUGAUAUCAAUUAUAAUACAUUUUUGGACUCUCAAUCAACACCAACAACAACGGCAGAUGAUUUCAAUGAUAUUAAUUAUAAUACAUUUUUGGACUCUCAAUCAACACCAACAACAACGGCAGAUGAUUUCAAUAUUCAAAAUUUUGUUGAUGAUAGUAUUAAUGUUAUUAAUUCUAACAAUAAUGAUAAUAAUGAUAACAAUGUUAAUCCAUUGGACUCGCAAGCCAAACCACCACCAUCAACAACAACAACAACAACGACAACGACAACAACAAUAGUCGAGAAGAUUGGACAGCCAUGUGCUACCGGACAACUAGGUGCUCACUCGGCAUCGAAACCUUUAAAACAUCCAAAAGCUUCCAAACAUUUGAAAACUUCACAACCAAGUCAACGAUGCCCUUCAACUCCAAACCAACUACUACUUGUCAACCAAAUAGAUAACAAUGUUAAUCCAUUGGACUCGCAUGCCAAACCACCACCAACCACAACAAUAGCCAGCGAGAAGAUUGGACAACCACCAGCAGGUGCUACCGGACAACUAAGUGCUCUAUUUGUAUGGAAAGCCUCGGGACACCCAAGAGCUUCCAAACGGUUGGAAACUUUACAACAGGUCAAUCCUCCUCCACAACAUGUUGUAACGAACAACAACAUCUACAACACCGACGACACUCAACAAGUACCACCCCACAACGAACAUGCGUUGGAUCAAUCAUACUCUCCAUCUGCAGCCUUUUUCGCGUUGAACGAACCAUACUCUCCACCCCGGUCUCCAGUGUCGCCACCCUCCAUCCCAACAAACUCGUCGCCUCACCAUCCAUCCCAACAAACUCCGGUCACCCCUCAGUUUAUCAACCCAUUAUUGACACAAUCAUUAUCAUUUCCAUAUCACCCACCACCACCACCACCCUCUACCUAUUUACAACAAUCACCACCCUCUCAAUCGUCGCCAGAUGGCCAACAACAACUUCCAGGCACUCCAAGCAACCUGCUACCAACACGAUCACCUCAAAGUGGAGAGAGUCAACAAAGCCAAGUAGAUGCAAUGGCCUUUGCUCCACCAUCCCCAUUCAACCAUAAUGUGAACACCCAACACCAGUCUGGUGGUGGUGGUGGUUGGACACUCUCUGUUGGCAAAAGAAAAAGAUCAUUGAAUGACUUGAAUAAUAAUAAUAAUAAUAAUAAUAAUAACAACAGUGGGGUCCACUUGCCGUCGUCUCCAUUGACCCCUUACUCGCUUGUUCCAUCCUCACCCUCUCCAUCACAACAACAAAGAGGCCAAAAAUCCAUCGUCCCCCACCACCUCCACCAGAGUCCUACAACGCUCACACUCUCCUACAAAGUAAUCAGCCACAGUAGUUACAUUCAAAUCAAAGUAGAGAUCACCAAUCGUCCAGAUAUCCUGGACGGACAACAGCAACUUGCCAAGCUUUCCUUGUUCAUGAACGAUCUGUCCGGACAACCAGUCUCUGUACAAUCAAAGAUUUUAAAAAAGGAUUUCUCUACCUACUAUUUCAAAAUUGGCAUACCAGAGGUGCAAGUCAAAGAAUUGGGGGCACAACUAUUCGUUGGCGACAUGGAACUAGCAGGUGUAUGCAAGCAAGUCAAUGAGAGAAUGGUACCUAGCCCCAACGUUUCUAUUCCUCGGCUAUACAUUGAUGGCUACGACUUCAAAGACGAUAAGGGACGCACAAACAAAUACGUGUUGGUGCUUGACCCUCCAGCCCAUGUCAGCUCUAUCAUGGCCUUUGAUAAGGACGAAGUUGUUGUUGUUUCGAUUGAAUACCCGCGACCACCGGGUCUAGUGCCAGAGGACGACAAUGUCACUCGCAAACACAUUGGCAUUGAUCGCGACGGUACCCUAAUCUCAAGAGUAGACUUUUGUGCAAAGCCCAGAGGACUCCGCUUUGAGGUGACCACCACUGACAAACAAGUAUUCCACGUACCCUCGGCUUCCAGAAUAUAA